CUGGCUGCACUCACACCCAAUCGCGAGAUUGUGGUAGAAGAUGUGGCUGGGGGACCCACAGGCAGGAAGGCUGGACCUGUGGGCUCCCAAGGGAAAAAGAAGAAAGUAAGGCAGUCCUAGAGGAAGAAGGCGACCAAGCCUAAUGGGAAGGCUGUGAUGGCAGACGCGCUUUCCAGGCUGGAAGAAGAGGACGAGUCGUCCUCCUUCGAGCGGAUGUCUGCUUUUGACCGUUUGGGAGACCCCAGGUCAAAGAAACCUCGGACCUCUGCGUUCGAACGGUUGCAAGACACUCGGUCGGCCCGGAAAGGCGACUUGAGGGACACGCUCAAGGAGAAGAGAGGGGAGUCCACAGCGACCUCCAAGGUCGGUUCUGAGGAGCGACGGACGACAGUCGGGGAUAAGGGCGCAGCCGAGCUGUGGAAAAUGUACGAACAACUGGAGAAGCGGCUGUACGCCCAGAACCCCUAUCGUCAGGCGGUCUUCAGUGAGGUAACGCCCUUCUCCAGAAGGAUAAUGUCUUGUCCUCUCCCGGAUAAUUUCAAGACUCCCCAGAUCAAAGCGUACAACGGGACAACCGAUCCCCAAGACCACAUUGCUCGCUUCGGGGCAAACGUGGUCAUGUAUGCGUACCCCGAAGAAAUCAAGUGUCGGUGCUUCCUGGCGACGCUGGAAGGGCAGGCUUGUGAAUGGUUCCACAAGUUACCCAAGGGGUCGAUAGAUAAGUGGAGCGACCUGGCCCACAAAUUCUUGGAGCACUUCGCAUCUAGCCGGAGACAAAAGCUCCCCUUCUCGCAUCUGCUCAAUGUGAAGAUUCGGAAGGGGGAACAGCUCCGAGAGUUCAUUAAUAGGUGGGAGAAGGAGGCUAGGGACGUCCAAGGAGCGGACGACCAAGCCCUGAUCGCCAUGCUCCAAGCUGCACUCCCCCAAGGGGAUGUGCGUAAGGAGCUGCGACGGAAUCCUCUCUCGACCUAUCAAGAGAUGUUGGCCAGGGCGAAGUACCUGGCGUUGGAAGAAGAAGAUGAUGAGCCACCAGUUCGGAGGGAGAAGAAAAGCGGGCCACCGGUGGCAGAAGGAAAGAAGAGGAAGGACUAUGGUAAGGGGCCGAACCCCACUGGGUAUCAUGCAAACAGGCAUCCUGUUCAUGCGGUACAGUCGUUGCCUGCCCCUCCUCACAGUCGGGAAAGCUAUGGUGUGCAAGAUUCACCCAAAUACUGUGAGUACCACCGUAACAGCACCCACAACACGUCGGAGUGCGUUACGCUGAAGAAGGAGAUGGAUCAGUUGAUCGCUAGGGGGCCGCCUCCUCGGUCGGAGCGACCGUCCUCAGGUAAUCGGACCUGGAGGAGACCGCCAGCCCCCACAGCAGCGAUCACAGCAGGAGAGGGGCAAGAAGAUGGACGGCGGCAUCUCGGACGAGAUUCUGACGAUCUAGAUGAGGAGGAAAGGCAAGGUCGCCAACACCUGGGGUGUCGGUUCAUCAUGGGGGGAAACACGGGAGGAGAUUCGGUAUCCUCCCGAAAGAAGUGGAAGAACAUGGUGUACCUGGCCGAGGUACAAAGGCCGCCGCUGCCUAAGCGGAAGAAGAAGGAACCCCUGAUCUUUACUGACGAGGAUUAUCCACCAGUCCUCAGCCCUCACAGGGACGCUCUGGUAAUAAAAGUAGAAAUCAAUAAUGUGGUUGUUCACCGGACUUUGGUCGAUACUGGCAGCUCGGUCAAUGUUAUGUAUAGCAACACCUUUAAGGAGUUGGGGUUGUCUCGAAGCGACCUGAAACCGAUCCAUACGCCACUGUCAGGGUUUACAGGGGAUACUAUCGAAGCGGAAGGAACUAAUACGGUGAAGGCCGGGGUAAGAGAUGGCACCCACCGACUCUGGAUCGACAUGGAAUUUAUGGUAGUGCAGCUCGACUGUGCACACCAUCUGAUUCUGGGGCGACCAGGCUUGGAGGACCUGGAGUGCGUGAUCUCCCCCGUCCACUUAUGCUUAAAGUUCAAUACUCCCACAGGGGUGGGGGUGGCAAAGGGGAACCAGAGCCUGUCACGGUCGUGCUACGUCAGGGCGACCAAAAGCCAAGCCCGAGUCGACGAGAAUGUGUGCACGAUCUGUGCGACAAUCCAGAAGGAGGAGGGGCGACCCCAAGCUGAGCCGGCGGAAGAAGUCGAAGAGGUUUCUUUGGACCCGACCAAGCUAGAGCGGAAGGUGAAGGUAGGUAAGACCUUACCACUUAAAUUAAAGGAGCAGUUAUUGGAGGUCCUCCAAGUGUUCAAGGUGUUAUUCGCUUGGUGUCCAGAGGACAUGCCAGGGGUCGACCCAAAAAUCAUCUGCCAUAGAUUGGCAGUGGAUCCGACCCACAAGCCGGUCAAACAGAAGAAACGUUUUCUUUCCUCUGAACGGAGAGAGUUUGUCACCACGCAGGUGACCACCCUACAAUCCAUGGGGCACAUCCGGGAAGUCCGCUACCCGGAAUGCCCAAAUGCCCCGUCGCGGGUCAGCAAGUGGGGGGUGUUCCUGGGAUCUUUUCAGAUAGAGUUCAAGCCGCGACCGGCGAUAAAGGGGCAGGCAUUAGCAGAUUUCGUGGUAGAGUGCACUGCGAGAGAGGUAGAUCCUAGUGGAGAAGACCCCAAAGGGAGUUGGUGGACCGUGUACACCGAUGGAUCGUCCGCAACUGAUGCUUCGGGGGGAGGUGUCGUGGCGAUAUCGCCGGAAGGGUUCAAGGCAUACUACUCCGUGAGAUUCUGGUUUAAAGUCUCGAACAAUGAGGCUGAAUAUGAGGCGCUACUUUGCGGUUUGAGGUUGGCAGCUUCAUUAAAAGCUGAGCGAAUCCAAGUCCGGUGCGAUUCCAAGCUAGUAGUAGGCCAUGUCACUGGAGAGUUUGAGGCCAAGGAUGAGCGGAUGAAGAGGUAUAGAGACACCGCCCUGGAGUUGCUUAAAGCAUUUGGGGCAUACCGGAUAGAACAGGUCCCUCGAGAAGAGAACGCUGAGGCAGAUAUCUUGUCAAAACUUGGCCCGGAUUCCCCCGAUCAUAUUAAGGCGAUGACUCAGGAAGAAAAGUUGCUCGAGCCAAGCAUCAGUCCCGGACAAGUGCUGAUCAUCACACUCGGAGAGGAGCCGGACUGGAUUGAUGAGAUUACCAUGUACCUCCUUGACGGGUCGCUACCUACCGACCCAAUCGCAGCAAAGGUGGUAAAGCGACGUGCACCCAGCUACACGCUGGAGUGCGGUCGGCUGUACAAGCGAUCGUACAACGGUACAUUGUUGAUGUGCUUAAGAGCGGGCGAGGCGCAGAAGCUGAUGGAGGAAAUCCAUGAAGGAAUAUGCUCAGCACAUCAGGGAGCCUUCACGAUGUCCAGGAAGGUAUCCCUACAAGGAUACUUUUGGCCUACAAUUGUCAGAGAUUGCGGAGAAUACGUGCGCAAAUGCAAGGUUUGCCAGGAAUUCCAAAGGGUACCGGGGCGACCGGCGACGAAUUACACCCCGAUCAGUACGACGAUUCCUUUUGCUCGGUGGGGCGUCGAUCUGGUUGGCAUCUUGCCUCGGGGGACCGGAAACAACACAUACCUGGUGGUCGCGAUCGACUACUUUACCAAGUGGGUUGAGGCCGCUCCUGUGCCGACCAUCACUGAAGAGCAGAUGAGGAAAACUACCCCAAGGAAGGCCACAGGUGAAACUCCUUUCUCGCUCACAUAUGGAUUUGAAGCAAGGGCUCCAGCGGAAACUUCGUUGUUGAGUUAUAGAGUGGAGACGUUUGAUGCUCAAGAAAAUGAAGAGAACUUGAGGGCAGAACUGCACCUCAUUGAUGAGCGGAGGGAAAGGGCAUACAUGCGGGCAGAAAACUACCGCCGGCAGGUCAAGUCAUAUCACGACCAGCGGGUGCGACCAAGGCAGUUCAAGAUGGGCGACUGGGUCCUUCGGGAAAGGGAGGUCAGUCGGCCGACCGAUGGAGGGAAGUUCGCUAAAAGCUUUGAGGGGCCAUAUAUCAUAAAGGAGGUGUUGGCUGAUGGGACAUUUAGAUUGCAGACUCCAGCCGGUGGCGACGUUCCGCGAGUAUGGAAUGCCGCCAACCUUAUCAAAUUUUAUCAAUAGAUUGUAUAUUCCAGCCAUGUCUCUCUCUUGAAGUUUAAUAAAACCAGCUUUCUGGCACAUCUUGUCUUCAAUUCUCAAAAAAAAAGGAGCGACCACAAGAGAUCGCUAAGCCUAAACUGCAUGGUGAUUCGUGCUAAGAUACGCAGUAGUGGGUGAAGCGUCGAACUCAAACAAGCGACCAAGGUUGAAGACGACGCCGUGGCAAGAAAGCCUGAGAAAACGG